GCCUCCGGCCCACACGUGCUCGUCUCUCCGCCCCCGCCCUCAUUUCCCCCCCUAAAUCGGCCGGCAGCGGCACUCUCUCUCUCUCGCUCUCGCUCUCUCCAUCUCCACCUCUCCUCAGCCUUCUUCCUCCUCCCCCUCCGUACUUUCUUGCCGCGAAAACAAGAUGAGCAUGUGGAACUACGUGGUGACGGCCCACAAGCCCACCAACGUCACCCACUCCUGCGUCGGCAACUUCACCUCCCCUCACGAGCUCAACCUCAUCAUCGCGAAAUGUACUCGAAUCGAGAUUCAUUACCUCACUCCCCACGGCCUACAGCCUAUGCUGGAUGUUCCAAUAUAUGGAAGAAUUGCGACUCUUGAACUCUUUAGACCUCAUGGUGAACAACAAGAUUUCCUAUUUAUUGCCACAGAAAGAUACAAAUUUUGUGUACUUCAAUGGGAUGCAGAAGCGUCAGAGCUCAUUACAAGAGCAAUGGGAGAUGUAUCUGAUCGAAUAGGUCGUCCAACAGAUAAUGGACAGGUUGGUGUUUCAAUUUCGGAUUGUAGGUUGAUUGGUCUUCACCUGUAUGAUGGUCUCUUCAAGGUUAUACCGUUUGAUAACAAAGGGCAACUAAAGGAAGCAUUCAAUAUCAGGCUUGAAGAACUUCAGGUUUUGGAUAUCAAAUUUCUUUAUGGUUGUCCCAAACCCACAAUUGCAGUGCUUUAUCAGGAUAAUAAAGAUGCUCGACAUGUCAAAACAUAUGAGGUUGGUCUCAAGGAGAAAGACUUUGUUGAGGGCCCAUGGUCACAGAAUAAUCUUGAUAAUGGAGCUGGGCUGCUGAUUCCUGUCCCUAUGCCUCUUGGUGGUGUUAUUAUUAUUGGGGAGGAGACUAUUGUCUAUUGCAGUGCAAAUUCAUUCAAAGCUAUACCGAUCAAACCAUCCAUUACAAGAGCCUAUGGGAGGGUUGAUGCAGAUGGUUCUCGGUACUUGCUCAGUGAUAAUACAGGACUUCUGCAUUUGCUUGUUAUCACUCAUGAAAAAGAAAGGGUAACUGGACUCAAAAUUGAGCAUUUAGGGGAGACAUCUGUGGCAUCCACAAUAUCUUAUCUUGAUAAUGCAGUGGUAUAUGUUGGUUCAAGCUAUGGAGAUUCACAGCUCGUAAAACUGAAUUUGCAACCUGAUGCAAAUGGUUCAUAUGUUGAAGCCCUUGAAAGAUAUGUUAACCUAGGGCCUAUUGUUGAUUUUUGUGUUGUUGACCUUGAAAGGCAAGGUCAAGGUCAGGUGGUCACUUGCUCGGGGGCAUAUAAAGACGGUUCACUUCGUGUUGUUCGAAAUGGCAUCGGGAUCAACGAACAGGCAUCUGUAGAACUUCAAGGCAUCAAAGGCUUGUGGUCAUUACGUUCUUCCACUGAUGAUCCACAUGAUACUUUCCUGGUAGUGAGCUUUAUCAGUGAGACACGCUUUCUGGCAAUGAAUAUGGAAGAUGAGUUAGAAGAAACUGAAAUUGAAGGCUUUUAUUCUCAAGCCCAGACUUUAUUUUGCCAAAAUGCUAUCAAUGAUCAGCUUGUCCAGGUAACUGCAAGCUCUGUUCGAUUAGUCAGUUCGACAUCUCGGGAGCUGUUAGAUGAGUGGACUGCUCCUUCUGGAUUUUCUGUCAACGUUGCAACUGCAAAUGCUAGCCAGGUUCUCUUGGCUACAGGAGGUGGACAUCUUGUUUACCUUGAAAUUGGGAAUGCUAAAUUGACUGAAGUAAAGCAUAUACAGCUAGAAUAUGAGAUAUCAUGUCUCGACAUAAAUCCAAUUGGGGAAAAUUCUUGCUAUAGUUCAUUAGCAGCAGUUGGGAUGUGGACUGAUAUAAGCGCCAGGAUAUAUUCACUACCGGGCUUGGAUAUGAUCACAAAGGAAAAUCUGGGUGGAGAAAUUAUACCUCGUUCCGUCCUUCUAUGCAAAUUUGAAGGAGUAUCAUACUUGUUAUGUGCCCUUGGAGAUGGACACCUGUUCAACUUUCUCUUGAAUAUGAACACUGGUGAACUGUCAGAUAGGAAGAAAGUAUCUCUUGGGACGCAACCAAUUACACUACGUACAUUUUCUUCAAAGGAUACCACCCAUGUUUUUGCUGCAUCAGAUAGGCCAACCGUGAUAUACAGUAGCAAUAAGAAGUUACUUUACAGUAAUGUGAAUCUGAGAGAAGUUAGCCAUAUGUGCCCUUUUAACUCUGCUGCUUACCCAGACAGCCUUGCAAUAGCCAAAGAGGGUGAACUUUCAAUUGGAACUAUUGAUGACAUUCAGAAGCUUCAUAUUCGCUCAAUCCCUCUGGGAGAACAUGCACGGCGUAUCUGCCAUCAGGAGCAGUCUCGGACUUUCGCGAUCUGUAGUUAUAAAAACUGUCAUACCAGCACAGAGGAAAGUGAAACACAUUUUGUUCGGUUGUUAGAUGAUCAAACUUUUGAGUUCAAAUCAAUCUAUCAGUUGGACACUUAUGAAAAUGGUUGCUCUAUCAUUAGUUGUUCCUUCUCAGAUGACAACAAUGUCUAUUAUUGUGUUGGAACUGCCUAUGUUCUGCCUGAAGAAAAUGAACCCACCAAAGGGCGUAUUCUUGUUUUUGCAGUUGAAGAUGGGAAGCUACAAUUAAUUACUGAAAAGGAAACCAAAGGAGCUGUUUACUCUCUCAAUGCCUUCAAUGGGAAAUUACUGGUUGCUAUCAAUCAAAAGAUUCAAUUAUACAAGUGGAUGCUUCGAGAGGAUGGAUCACGAGAGCUGCAGUCAGAGUGUGGGCAUCAUGGUCAUAUACUCGCUUUGUAUGUUCAAACACGUGGAGACUUUAUUGUAGUUGGCGAUUUGAUGAAAUCAAUCUCUCUUUUGAUAUAUAAGCAUGAAGAAGGUGCCAUUGAAGAGCGCGCCCGUGAUUAUAACGCAAACUGGAUGACCGCCAUUGAGAUUCUCAACGAUGACAUUUACCUCGGUGCAGAGAACAACUUCAAUCUCUUCACAGUUCGAAGAAACAGCGACGGAGCUACUGACGAGGAGCGUGGUAGGCUCGAGGUGGUCGGUGAAUACCACCUUGGUGAGUUUGUUAACUGUUUCAGGCAUGGCUCCCUUGUUAUGAGGCUCCCAGACUCUGAGAUCGGCCAAAUCCCCACCGUUAUAUUUGGCACCGUUAAUGGGGUUAUUGGGGUUAUUGCUUCUCUUUCUCAUGACCAUUACAUUUUUCUGGAAAAGCUCCAGGGAUGCCUUAAUAAGGUUAUUAAGGGAGUUGGAGGCUUAAUUCAUGAGCAAUGGAGAUCAUUUAAUAAUGAGAAGAAAACUUCUGAUGCUAGAAAUUUCUUGGAUGGGGAUCUUAUUGAAUCUUUCCUUGAUCUUAGCCGCGUGAAGAUGGAGGAGAUCUCUAAGACCAUGGAUGUUCCUGUUGAGGAGCUCUGCAGGAGAGUUGAGGAGCUUACACGAUUACACUGAAAAUAUAUGUCAAAAAUAUAUUUACUUUUGUUCUAUUUUCUGUUCCGUCAUCAAGUUAUGUUGGUCUUCAAUAUUUUAGUUUUACUUACUAGAAAGGUGGAUGUAUGAGUUCCUGCUCGAGUUAGUUACUUGUUAUGAGUUGAGAUGAUUCAAUCGAGCGUUUGUAAUAUGUUGUGACAUUAGUACUAUUCUCUUAGGCACUUUCAUUUAUCACCUGUGGCCGCUGUUAUUGCUUAUUUCUUGAUGUGUGUAUACUUUCAUGUUCUGCUGUAGAACUAGUUUGUAAGAGAACAUCUUGAAAUGACGGUUGCUCAUUGAGUUUA